AGGGGAUGUGUGUGACUGAGGCAGCAGCAGCGGCAGCAGCAGCAGCGGCAGAAGAGCGCUGAGGAGCGCGUCACUUUCUGACGCUGCGGGAGAACGCGGAGCAUCUGUUGUACGGCCCCGCAGCUUAACGCACCAGACAAUAGACAGUGAAAUAUAUGGGGAGCGAAGAGAGGGGAGGGAGGAGGUGCUCCUGGCUGCUGUGACCCCCUCCCCUCCUCCUCCUCCUCCCCCCUCCUCCUCUCCCUCUCCUCCCUCCGUUCCUCCCAGUCUACAAGCUCGUCAGGCGCAGAAAUAAACAGGAGCGAGCGCAGAGCAGAGAAGACGUUCCUCCCUCCCCUCCCCCUCCUCGCUAUCUGUCCAUCUUCAUCCAGCCUUUCUUUCAUGGAGAGGAAUUAUCCCGCUGCAGGGUUCGGAGACCUGGGGGCUGCAGGGACGGGAUGGACGUACGACAGAUCGGCCAAAGCAAGCCUGAUGUAUGGAAGCUCCAGGUCGUCCCACCCAGACUCAGAGCUGCUCCACCGCCAGGCGUACGGCCCCCCCCACCCCCUCCAGGGCUAUGCAACCAAUCACCAUCCAGGAAGCAGCAGACAGGGCGGGGCCUGGGGCGCUGCUGGACGCUCACUGGGCCUGUCGGGGCUGUUUGAUGCCAGCCUCCACCAUGCCAGCCCCUCGGGGCCUGACCCCUCCGUCAUGAAUCUGAUUUCAGCCCUAGAGUCCCGAGGUCCACAGCCCCCCCCCUCCGCCUCCUCCCUCCUCUCUCAGUUUCGCACUCCCUCAUGGCAGACUGCGAUGCAUACACCGGGCCCGGCGGAGCUCUUUAUAUCAGGAGCCCUCCCGGGGUCCAGCUCCUUCCCCUCCUCCUCAGCCCUUUCUGCAUACCAGCAUCCUGGCUCCUUCUCUGGGCGAUCCUUCACUCCCUCACUAUCCCUACAGGACACACCCACAUUUAGCCCCACCUCCAAUGGUUUACUCUCCCCCCAUGAUCCCCUGCUGCAUAUCAAAACCCCCUCCCAGUCCAGCUUGGGCUUUGACCGCUUGCUGUCCUCCCAGAGUGCCGCAUACCGAGGCUCCCAGGAGCCCACGGCACCGACCCAAGCCCCUUCCACCUCUUCCAAUUGCCACCUGCCUCCUCCCCAGUUCAAUCUGCUGUCCUCCCAGCUUCAUAACCAGUCUCAGCUUUAUAACGCUUCAAUGUUCUCGUCUACUCCAGCCCUGACUCCCUCGGCCCCCCCUUCAAGCCAGCCUCCAGAGAGGGCGGUUUCCCGUCAGGACAGUGUGAUAAAGCAUUACCAACGAACAUCCCCGGCGCAUUCUGCAACACUUCCCCUCCAGCAGUAUGUCAGCUGUGGUGGCUCAUCAGGCUAUCAGCAGAUAGCCAGCCACCACCGGCAUCCCGGAUUGUCCUGCAGUCCCCUUGGUGAGCAGAGCCCAUCCUCUGACCCUAAGCCCUCCGCGCGGAUGGAGCCCAAGGCGUAUCGACCGAUCAUCCAAACCCCCUACACAUCCUCCCCCUCCAGCUCCACUGCCUCUUCCUCUUCUGGUACUAAAGCAUCCAAGUGUUCAGGCUCCAGCAGUGGCUACUCCUCUGCUGGAUCAGUGUCAUCCCGUACUCCACACACUCCACCAUCAGCCUCCUCAGCCUCCUCUUUAUCAUCUUCUAGCUCCAAGACAAGCGCUGGCUCCUUGUCUGCCUCCUCCCGCCAGCAGCCCCCUCCUCAGUCUGCACCAGUACAUGCACCUCUACAAGUGGUGUCAUCAAACCUUGCUCCACAGCCAGCACAAGAACAAUGCCUCUCUUCUUAUGGAUCUCCAUCUGUGGCCAAAUCAAACCUACCAGACCAGACCCCUCCCCAGCAACAUGCCCAGUCCUGCUCACCAAACCAGCCUCCGCCUACACACAUGGCCCAGUCGUAUGGGGGCUUCAACUCACCUCACGCUCAGGACCUGAGCAGUGGAUCAGGGGGCACUGGAGGAAAGAAUUUCACUGGUAUUGGGUCUGGGGGGCGCUCAUUUUCUGCAGAGGUAGUAUUUGGGGAAUCAAGCUUCAGCUCAAGAAGAGCAGGCAGUCCUUCCUUAGGAUAUGGAAAUGCAGGAGGGUCAACAGGAAGCGGGCCCAUAUCCGGACUUGGAGGUGGAGUUGGAUCAGCAGGAUUAGGGAGUGGGCCUGCAAGUGGUAGCACUGGAGGCAGCAGCUCUUACCACCUUUCUGAGUCAAGUCCAUCACCCUCCCUUGGGUCUAAGAUUAGUCGCCCCGGACUGCACUCUCCUGCUUCUGCUCGGCCUACACAGUCUCCUGGAGGUUCAGGGGCCAACAACAAAUACUUGUCCUCUAUUCUCUCUCCUGCUUUUUUGCCUUCACCACAAGGAUUCCCUGAUACUAGGCCAACACAGAGCCAGUCCUACCACUCAACACCACCAAAGUCAAAAACAGAGUCGACCAUGCUGGGAGUUGAGAGAUCCCAGGAUGCAGAAGAAGAUGAGGAGGAUUUCCUCAUCCAGCACUUACUACAUGCCCAAAGCUCAGCUCCCCAUCCAUCCCAGCAUCACCAACCUCCUCAGCAACUAUCCCAACCGCAUCCACAGGCGAGGGAUGGGGAAAACAAGGGGUUAACCUUUGACAUCAACAAGAUUUCGGAAGAACGCUACCACCUUCAGAGUGUUAUUCGCACCAAUAAUGGCAGUUCAGGUUCUGGGACUGAAAUUAGUGACUCAGCAAGUGGCUUAAACAGUCAUUUGGAAAUGUCAUCAAAGAAACAGUCUCAGAAGUCAGAGUUAAAUAUAUCAAAGUCCACUGCAGUAGGGCUUGGAGGGGUCACUGACUCUUUUUCUCACUCCCAUCAACAACAACAUGACUCCUUGAGCUCUGGGCUCCACUAUGAAAGAGGAGACCCCUACACACAACACCCACACUCCCAUCACACCUCACAUCUGUCCUCACAGUCUCAGCAACAUUCUCAGCACUCCCAAAUCUCCCAGCACUCUCAGCACAGUCAUCCCCUGUCCCACUCACAUAGCCUCCCUCACAUGGACCUGAAGAAGCCUUCAGAUUCAAACACUUACUUAUGUAACACAACAGACGUGCAGCAGGCUCCCCAAAGCAGGAUCCCAAUCUCCAUGAUGGAUUCACCACCAGACCCUACCCAGCAGGCUCACAUGCUACAGUCUGUCCUUUCCCAUACCACCCGCACCAAGAUGGACCCCCAGCUACCCCCUCCACAACAACAGCAGCUUCCUUUGAGCCAGCAGGCCAUGAUAGGUUCAGCUGGAGGAGCAGGGCCUGCUGGGGGGGAAUCCAACCCACAGAGCCAGUCCUCACAGCUGCAACUCCAGCUUCAGAACCAGGGCUUAGAUACCCACUACAGCCUUGGAACCCAGCAAAGAGACCAAACCUGUUCCAGUCAGAGCUCAGUGUCUCCACUAGACUUGUUGGAGCAAUCUCUUUCCCGGGCAAACAGCAGAGACAGUGGAGGAGCUGUGGACAGAAGUGGAGUUGGGGUGACUGUGACAGGAGGGGAAGUGGGUGGAGGAGACAGACAAAGGCCGCAGCACAGGCUUACCCCUCACCACCAUCCCCAACAAACAGCCUCUGGGCUCCAUGACUUUCUCUCUGAACCAGAUUUGGGAUUGUCCACUCCCUCACACCUGCACCACCUUAACCAGUCCCAGACACAUGCCCACGUCCAUGCCCACCACCAGCAGCAGGCUCAUCCUCACCAUCAGCUGUCACACUCUCAGUUAGCCCAUCCACACUCCCACCGGAUGGCAGCAAAUAUGGGGAAUCCCCAACAACAGCAACAGCCUCAACAAAGAGAUCCUGAAACCCAGCUGUCCCACUCCCAGCUAGACCAGCUGAAGCAGCACCAGUUUGACACUGUGAGCCCAGUCGGUAAAGUAGGACAGAAUCAAGCUCAGCAGCAGCGGUUUGCUCCCCUAUCAUCCAUCUGCUUUCCUGACUCUCUGCUACAAGAUGAAGACCGCUCUUUCUUCCCUGAGAUGGAGGACAUGUUUUGUUCAGCUGAUUACAAGUCAAGCUGUGCUGGGGACUCAGGGGCAGGACAGGCUGCUCAAGAGAGCCUUACCCAGGGUCAUAGGCCCGGGCAGGACAGUAUGGAAGUCUUAAAAAGAGGAGGUUCUGUAGAGGGCUAUGAUAUAGUUGGUCAUCAUAGUGAUCAGGGCUAUGAACAGUACUGCCACAGCCUCCCAGGAACAGGAAACAGUAAUCUGCAUUUAGACCUUGACUCUAUGAAGUCUCAUGAACUCCCGUCCACUGUGAAUACAGACCAGCUCGGCCUAAUACAGUCCCAAACCCCCAGUAUGGGUUUGACCUCAGCAGUUCAAGGGGAUGGCUCAGUCAAGAUGAUGGGAGGUGUGGGUGUGGGUGGAAGUUCAGGCACGCCAGGUCUGACCUCACCCAUAUUUUGUUCCUCUCGACCCAAAAAGCUUCUGAAGACCAGCUCUUUCCACCUGCUCAAACAGCGGCGGGAGCCACAACCCCAAACCAAGAAAAACUACGCGCAGGAGUACGAGUUUGAGGAUGAUGAGGAUAAAGCUGAUGUUCCAGCAGAUAUUCGCCUCAACAGUCGACGCCUUCCUGACCUGCUCCCAGACUUGGUGUCUAGUUGUAGGAAGGCUGGUGGGGCGAUUGGAGUAAGUGGGCUCAGUCCAUUGAUGGGAGACAUGGACUUCUGCCACCCCUCUGGGUACUCUGCCCUUGGACACCCUGCCCAACACCCUCCCAUCGAUGGUCCUAAGAAAAGAGGCAGGAAACCAACAAAACCAAAACGUGAAGGCCCGCCUCGACCACGAGGUAGACCCCGAAUACGUCCACUUCCAGAGCCACCUUAUUGCAGGGGACUGACAGGAUCAGUGCCUGGAGAAAGUAAGAGGGGUCGUGGGAGGGGUCGAGGGAGGGGCAGAAGGGACGAAGGGCUUGUGGACAUGCAUCAAGAUCUGAAUAAAGCACAAAGCCUACCGUACAAUCAUCAGCAGCAACAGUUCAGCCAACAGCAGCAACAUCUCCAACAGCAACCACAGCUACAACACAGCCUGCAGGCAGAGCACCACCCAACACUGCAGCACCACCUGCACCAUCAGCAGCAGCAUGUUUCCUGUUCUCAGCUCCAACCGCUCCAUCAUCAACAAGAACAGCAACCACAGCAGGAUCCAAUAAGACCUAUCAAGAUCAAACUGCCCGUCCCCUCCAUGCUGCCGUCAGAGUCUCUGCUGAGGACAGACUCUUUGUCCAGCACGGAUCCCGUUCUGUCUGAUGGAUCAGUGGGAUCAGCACCGACUCUGGGCCUGAGUCCUGGACCCAGCAACGCCAUUGACGUCAGCAGAACGGACCUGAACCCGACUCAAGACAAGAUGAUGAGGCAUCAGCAGAAAGCUGCAGAGAUGACGUGGAAGAAAGAAUUGGACGAGCCUCUGAAUCCUGAUGCCUGGGCUGCUGUGCAGAAACUCUCUAGUUCAGCUGAUGACAAGUUUGACUUCAAACCCGGCUUCAUGGCGUCUUUUCUGGACUUCCUGAAGACUGGAAAGAAACAGUCCGGUCUGGAGCUAGGACCUGAUGGCGGUCCUGAGGAGGAGGCCCUCAACCCCUGCUCCUCCCUGAAGAGCUCCUCCCUCAGGCCUUUAUCCCCGCCUCCUCCUCCCCUGCCACCGACUCCUCCUCCGCAGCCUCAAGGGCCCUUCAGCGAGGGGGAGCAUGGCGAAGGGGCGGAGCUGAACCUCAGCAGCUGUCCAAGUCCCUGCAAACCUCUGGACGAGGAGCUGGAGCUGAAGAGGAACCUAGAGACCCUGCCCUCCUUCUCCUCUGAUGAGGAGGACUCAGUCAGUAAGAACCAGGACCUGCAAAAGAGCAUCUCCUCCGCCAUCUCUGCCCUCUACGACACACCGCACUCACUCGCUGCUGCUAUGGCGUCUGCCAUGGCCAAAGCUCCACCCACUCCGUCCCCGCCUACGCCACAGGAGCCAUCGCUCAGCCCCCCCCUCCCUGCUCUGCCUCCCCUCAUCCCCAGCAUGGGGAAGGAGGUGAAAGAGGAGGUGCUCACAUACGCUCAGUAUCACUCCCAGGACAAGGAGGAGCAGGAAGAGAUGGAGAGAGAGAGGGAGGAGGAGAGGGAGGAGGAGCAAGGAGGCAAAGAGGUGGAGGAGGUGGAGGAGGUGGAGGAGGAAAUGGAGGCAAAGGGAGGAGGAGAGGCAGUCGAUGAUGAAGAAACAAUGAGAGCUCAACAGAAUCUGCAGCAGGGAUCCCUGGAACAGCUGGAGGAUGAGGACGAAGAGGAGCAGGAGCAGGACGAGGAGGAGUUAUCUGAACAACAGAUCCUGGAGGCUCCAAAGGUUCAAGAUUCUCCAUCAGGACCUGAGCCGGCACCUGCACUUCCUUCCCCAUCUCCCACAAUCUCGCCCUCACCUCCCACCUACUCCUCACUCUCCCCACUCCCUCCUAUGUGCCCCUCUUUACCCUCCCCCCUGCCGAUCCAGCAGGAGGAGGAGGAGGAGGAGGAGGUGAACUUAACGACUCCUCCCUCUGAGCAGCAGAAGCAGCAGCAGUCCACCUACCAACCUGCUCCAACUGCAGGCACUUCCCCACCCCCCUCCACCUCCCCUCCAGCCCCCCUGUCCUCACCACUCUCCAACCUCCCUUUGGCCCAGUCCAUUCCUCCUCCAUCUACCACCCCUUCCCCUUCCUCUUCAGACCAGGACCUGGAGCCUGAAGCCGGACAGCUGUCCCCCUCCUCCCCCUCCUCAUCCUCACCCUCUUCAUCAUCCUCUCCCCCACCCUCACCUCCAACCCCGGAGGAGACCCCGGCAUCCCAGCGCCUCACCUCCCUCCACCUGGCAAAGAAGCAGACUGAUGCUGCCAUCGCAGGGGAGAGCGAGGAGGAGGAGAGCGAGAGCGGCGGGGAGGGGAUCUUCCGUGAACGUGAUGAGUUUGUGGUUCGGACUGAGGACAUCGGCACUCUGAAGAUGGCGCUGCAGACGGGCAGAGAGCCUCCGCCCAUCUGGAGGGUCCAGAAAGCCUUACUCCAGAAGUUCAGCCCAGAGAUCAAAGAUGGUCAGAGGCAGUUCUGUGCAACCAGUAACUAUCUGGGUUAUUUUGGAGAUGCAAAGAUGAGAUACCAGCGUCUGUAUGUGAAGUUUCUGGAGAACGUCAACAAGAAGGAUUAUGUGAGAGUGUGUUCGAGGAAGCCGUGGCACAGAGCGGGUCUGACCCUCAGGCGACAGUCUCUGCCCAAACAGCUGCCCCACAAUCAGACCCCCCCUCGCCGCAAAGAGAGAGAGCAGAGGGAGAGGGAGAAACAGGAAAGGGAGCAGAAAGAAAAAGAAAGAAGAGAGAGGGAGCAAACAGAGCGGGAGAGGAAGGAGAGAGAGCAGAGAGAGAGGGAGAGAAGGGAAAAGGAGAGAGAGAGAGAGCGCAGAGAGAAGGAGAAACAGGAGAGGGAGUGGAGAGAGAAGGAGCGAGAGCAGAGAGAGAGAGAGCUAAGGGAGCGGGAGAGAGAGAGGGAAAGGAGAGAUGGCGUGAUGGAGUAUUCAAGGUUGAAGGAGGAGAAAAGAGGAGGAGAGGAGAAGAGGAUGGAGCGUCAGUCUCGAGCUAAGACAUCAAAAGAGAAGGCAGAGCCUCCUCCAAAGAAGAGGAAGAAGUGGUUGAAGGAGGUGCCGUCCUCCUCCUCGGAGUCUGACUCCUCCCCUCCGAGUGAGGACGAAGCUCCUGUUCGGGGGGGAGUUAACAGCCGAGUGAUGCGUGAGAUGUUCAGGAGCUACGUGGAGAUGUUGGUCAGCACGGCGCUCGACCCAGACAUGAUUCAGGCUCUGCAGGACACUGACGACGAGCUGUACCUCCCACCCAUGAGGAAGAUUGACAGCCUGCUCAGUGAUCAGAAGAAGAGGCUGCUGAGGAGAGUCAGCAUGAGCGCUCAGCACCAGGAGGUUCUCCAUAUUUUCCCUAAAAUGACGGCAGACCCUCUGGAAUCCGGAGCAGUUAAAGUCCACCUAGGGGGGGAGGGCUACAACCGAAAAACUCUGAACAGGGUCAAGCGGAGUAUUCCUAAACAACAGGAUUUGAAGCUGUCCAUAGAAACAUGUCGGAUCUACAGUCUGUAUCACUCCCUCCAUCACUACAAAUAUCACACCUUCCUGCACUGCAAGAAGGAGACGGACAGCAUCGAGCAGGCGGCCGAGGACCCCGGUCAGGAGGAGGUGGUGCAGCAGUGCAUGGCCAAUCAGAGUUGGCUGGAGAGUCUGUUCACCUCCUUUAUGGAGCUGCUGAGCCUCAGUUCAAAGGCCUGAACACCCCGACACCUGACCGGUACCCGACCUGAACCUCUGAUCCAGGUGUACAGAGAGCGAGGGAUCAUUUAAAGAUCAGACUCCAGCAGAGAGGAUUCAAGUAUUUCUUAAUUACUGAUUUAAAGAAGACACAGAGAGGCGGAGUCAAACUGUGUGAAUGUGACACACACUCACGCACACACACACACACACACACACACACACACACACACACACACACACACAC